AUGGCCUCCGACGCGAGCAUCACCGUCCUCGUCUCCGAGCGCGCCGUCCUCGCCCGAGAUGACGACUCGCUCUUUCUCUCGCCCGCGAGCAUCACCGUCGACGCCGGCACCGGCAAGAUCCUCUCGGUGACGCCCCAGGUGCUCGCCCGGGACGCGUUCCCUCCCGGCACGGCCUACGUCAAUCACUCGCCGAAGCUGCUCCUCCCGGGCCUCGUCGACGCCCACGUCCACCUCAACGAACCCGGCCGGACCGAGUGGGAGGGCUUCUGGACGGGCACCCGCGCGGCGGCCUCGGGCGGCGUCACGACGGUCGUCGACAUGCCGCUCAACGCCAUCCCGCCGACGACGACGCUCGCCGGCUUCGAGGAGAAGCUGCGGGCGAGUCGCGGCCAGUGCUGGGUCGACGUCGCCUUUUACGGCGGCGUCAUCCCCGGCAACGCCGACGAGCUGAAGCCGCUGAUGGACGCCGGCGUCCGCGGCUUCAAGGGCUUCCUCAUCGAGUCGGGCGUCGACGAGUUCCCCGCCAUCUCGUCCGACGACGUUGCCCUCGCCAUGGAGACGCUCAAGGACAGCCCGACGACGCUCAUGUUCCACGCCGAGAUGGCCCCCGCCGAGCCCGACGCGUCCCACGGCGGCGAGCCCGGCGGCGACGUCGACCUCACCGCCUACGGCACCUUUCUCGACUCGCGUCCGCCGACGUACGAGACGUCGGCCGUCGAGGAGAUCCUCUCGCUCGCCCACGUCGCCCCUCGCCUGCACCUGCACAUUGUCCAUCUCUCGGCCACGCAGUGCAUCCCCCUGCUCAGGGCGGCGCGCGCCAAGGGCGUCAACGUCACGGCGGAGACGUGCUUCCACUACCUCGGACUCUCGGCCGAGGAGAUUGAAAAGGGAGACACGAGGCACAAGUGCUGCCCGCCGAUCCGCGACGGCCGGAACCGCGACGGCCUCUGGGAGGAGCUCGUCCGCGGGGACUCGUGCAUCAAGACGGUCGUCUCCGAUCACUCGCCCUGCACGCCCGAGCUGAAGCUCUUGCCGGAACACCUCGCCGCGCCGGCGGGAACGACGCGGGAGACGGCGGGAGACGACACGAAGCCGCGCGGCGACUUCAUGGCCGCCUGGGGCGGCAUCUCCUCGGUCGGCCUCGGCCUGCCCAUCCUGCACUCGGCGGCGAAGCAGCGCUCUUCGACGUCCGAGGCGCCAUCCAUCACCGACGUGGUACGCCUGUGCUGCCAGGCGACGGCCGAGCAGGUGGGCCUGUCGCACCGCAAGGGCGCCUUGAAGGCGGGCAUGGACGCCGACAUUUGCGUCUUUGACGACGCCGACGUCUGGACCUUUUCCCAGGGCGACAUGCGGUGGAAGAACCGCUGCUCGCCCUGGGAGGGGCACCGGUUCACGGGACGCGUCUGCCAGACGUGGCUGCGAGGGAAGAAGAUUUUUGAGCUCGAUGCCGCCGAGGGAGGCUUCGUCACGGCGGGGCCCAUGGGCGAACCCAUCACGGAGAGGAGGACGAAAUGA